AUGGGAGCCAAGGCAUCAAAGCUCUCCAAGGACGAUCUGACAAGUCUGAGACAGUCAACAUAUUUUGAUCGCCGAGAGAUUCAGCAGUGGCACAAGGGUUUUUUGAGAGAUUGCCCCAGCGGCCAGUUAACAAGAGAAGAUUUUGUUAAGAUAUACAAGCAGUUCUUUCCAUUUGGAUCCCCUGAAGAGUUUGCCAACCAUGUAUUCAGUGUGUUUGACAAGGACAACAACGGGUUUGUUGACUUCAAAGAAUUUAUUACUGUACUGAGCACCACAUCAAGAGGCACUCUAGAAGAGAAAUUGGUAUGGACAUUCCAGCUAUACGAUCUGAACCACGAUGGGUACAUAACUUUCGAUGAGAUGUUGACCAUAGUGACAAGCAUAUACAAGAUGAUGGGUUCAAUGGUCAAAUUAAGCGAUGAUGAGGCCACACCCGAACUGAGAGUGAAGAAGAUAUUCCACACGAUGGAUAAGAACGAGGAUGGUUAUAUUACACUGGAAGAAUUUAGAGAGGGAUCCAAAGUAGAUCCCUCAAUCAUAAAUUCUUUAAACCUAUAUGAUGGCCUAGUCUAG